AUGCUUCUUGAUUUAAGAUAUCUGGUAAGUAAGAAAAGCAUUUUUUUUUUUCAGUUAAGAAAUCUUAUUAAGUCUUGAAAGUUAUAGAAUUAUAGAAUAUAAUUCCUUCACGUUUGAUUUUAUAUGUUCUCAUGAUCUCUAUUUGAGAUAUUGCUAUAAUAAACAUAUCGUUGCAUAUGUUAAUUAUAACAUAUUUGAAUUCCUUUUUGAUGGUGCUGCCUAAUACCAAUUAAGUCACCAAAGUUUUAUUGUAGUAGCGUUAACAACUGUUGCAUUUUGGCGAAAACUAUUGUUUAUGAUACUCGUUUUUUUUUUUUUUUUUUUUUUUUACCCCUGUCAUUAUGUGGUAUUUUGUAUAAAACGCACGCUUUUGUAAAGUUUUAAGAAGACAAGUAAAGCACAAAAAGCGAAAGAAAGAGUCUCUGCUGACAAAACUCAAGGGUUCAGCAGAACCUUACGUUCACUCCGAAAUCUCGCGAUAUCUGAGCGGAGCACUGAAGCGCUGCUGUGUCAACACCCCGCGCGCACAUCCCUCUUCAGCUGACGCCGUCUGCCUGCCGAGAAAUUCAGACUCCUGCGAUGAGAGUAUGAUGCAUGCAGUCUGGGAUGUCGAUUAUGGAAUGGAGUUGAGGUGAGAAUGGCACUUUCUCAGUCUAAAUCAACCAAAAUGGGAAAGUCGAGACUGUUUCGCAUUUUUAUGAUCGUGGGUGCCGUCUUCAUGAUCCUUCUUAUAAUCAUAUACUGGGAUGACGUGGGGGCCUCUAAUUUUUACCUGCACACAACCAUCUCCGGGCCCCAUCCGUCCCGCCUCUCUCCACAGGGUCGUCGUGACCCUGAAAAGAAAGUAGAGGAAGACAAAGAGGGCUCGUUCUUGAUGGACAUAGAUGCUUUUGUCAACCAGUUUUUAGAAGGAACCGCAGACCCCACCGAACAGGUGAGAGGAGAGCCACCCCCUGGAGACCCUCACAAUCAGUCCUCUGAGAAAUCAGAAGAGAAAUUUGUCCCGAGGCGAGAGUGGAAGAUCCAUCUGACGCCAAUUGACCCUGAGAAAAAACAGAGGCAAGAGAGUAGAAAGCAGCUGAUCCAAGAUGUGUGCAGUAACAGAAGUUUUUUAGACUUCCCUGGAAAGAACAGGACUUUCGAUGACAUACCCAAUAAAGAGUUGGAUCACCUCAUUGUUGAUGACAGGCAUGGAAUCAUUUACUGUUACGUUCCCAAGGUGGCCUGCACAAACUGGAAGCGCAUUAUGAUCGUUUUGAGCGAGAGCCUGUUAUUGGACGGCGUGCCCUACCAAGACCCUCUAGAUGUUCCUCAGGAGCUCAUCCAUAACAGUAGCCUGCACUUCACCUUCAACAAGUUCUGGAAGCGCUAUGGAAAGUUCUCACGGCACCUCAUGAAAAUCAAGCUUAAGAAAUACACCAAGUUUUUGUUUGUCAGGGAUCCUUUUGUACGACUUAUCUCUGCCUAUCGCAACAAAUUCGAUCAAGAGAACGAGGACUUCUACAAGAGAUUCGCUGUUGUCAUGCUGAAAAAAUACAGCAAUUACUCGGAUCCUCCAGCGUCGGUCGUGGAUGCUUUUGCCGCUGGGAUUCGACCGUCUUUCUCAAAUUUCGUUCAGUAUUUAUUGGAUCCUAACACGGAGAAAGAGAUGCCUUUCAACGAGCACUGGAGACAAAUGUACCGUCUGUGCCAUCCCUGUCAGAUAAAUUAUGAUUUUGUGGGGAAGCUGGAGACCUUGGACGAGGAUGCUGAGCAUUUGUUGCGGAUUCUCCGCGUAGACAAUGUCGUCGAGUUCCCGCAAAGUCAUCGUAACCGAACGGUCAGCAGUUGGGAGCAGGACUGGUUCGCCAACAUACCAUUGGAAUACAGAAAAGAGCUGUACAGGCUCUAUGAAGCCGACUUUAAACUGUUUGGAUAUUCCAAACCAGAGAAUCUGUUACAUGAGUGAUAAUUCGAUCAUCAACUUUACUGGGGUGCUGAAAAGAUUCACAGCACAAACACAGCGAUAGGAGUUCAUGCUGCCUGGUUAUCAAUCCGUGGCUCUUUCACAUGAUGCUGUUUAUUAAGGCUUUUUCACAUGACUCAAUGUUUGUUUAGUUAGCAUGGUCAAGUUAAGUCCUGCAGGUAGAUACUGAAAUUAAACCAGCUUUCAAAAAGCAUGUUCCUCUAUUGAUGGCCAUUCAAAACUAUGAAGCCAUGUACAUUAUGUGCUUGGACAAAAACAAGAUACUGUGGCCAUGAAUUAAGUUCCCUCAUUGUACAAAUUAGUUCCCUCGUUUUAGUUAAAUUGUGACCACUUUGUACUAAUUAAUUCCCUUGUUAUGUGCUGCGCCUCAAUUCGCCUACUUACACUACCCCCUAAAACUAUGUACUCUUUUUGUGAAGAAAAAGUACAUACUUUUAAGUGUGCUCCCUGUCGCAUCCUGUUAGCGUAAACUGGCCUGUCAAUCAUCUUAAAUCCUCCACAUUUCAUUUAAUUUCCUACUGUAUCGGAGAGAAAUGCAGUAGCACAUUAAUCUGCAGUCGUGGGUCUUUCAUGCGGAGAACUUUCCUCGUAUUAAUGCAUAAUGAUGCAUUUAAAUGUUAAUGGCCAAACGGAUCUUUAUAAAAGUCCACAUUGUUAUUGCAGAUGAAAUAUAACACAGAUAACAUUAAAUAAAUAUUUUUUAUCAGGUUAAACUGAUUUUUAGUCACUCAAACUUUUAUCUAAACCUCUCACCAUCUGACACGCAUAUCCGCCAUGUUUUGUAGUUUUUUUUAACACUUUUUACUUGUGUUUGUAGUUCUGAACUGAAUUUUGUCAUUUUGAAAUUGGACAUUGCAUUACAAUAGAAAUGGUAAUUUAAAUCCUUUCAGCGGGCUUAAUUUUUGUAAUAUCAACUUAAAAUUGGGAACACAACUUAGACACAUGGCUUUGAUUUGUCUAGCAAGUUUAGUGUUCAAAUUAUUUUGUAAAAUAUAUGUUUUGUAUAAAAAUGUUCAGUUCAUUACAUUUGGUUUACAGUAAACAAUCUAUAACCUUUUUUACAGUUUUUUUUUUCACGUCUGCAAAAAUCUGCUCAGCAUUCAUGAACUACAGCUAUUUUCACAUCUCAAAAAGGGGGUGUGGCAGUUAACAGGUUAAAUAAAUUAACUAUUAAAUUUUACUAAAAUGAGGGGACAAAUUAAUAAAUCGUGGCCAUAAAUUGAGUUGUGGGGAUGCUUUCUUGCUUCAUGGCAACAGUAUCAAUUUUUUUUCAAUGUCGCGUUCGUACAAAAGUAUUUUUCACAAAUAUUUUAUUGAAUACUCUUAAAAAUAAAGGUUCAAAAAGAGGGUUUGUGAAGGGAUGCCAUAGAAGAAACCCAAAGAACCUUUUACUUUAAAGAACCAGUGUGAAGAACAUUUUCAUAGUCUAAAGAACCUUUUUCCACUACAAAAAACCCUUUUGUCCAAUGGAAAGGUUCCAUGGAUGUUAAAGGUUCUUCAUGGAACCAUCAAUGCCAAUAAAGAACCUUUAUUUUAAGAGUGUAGUUUGUUUUGCCAGUUUAUAUUAUAGUUAUAUUGCCAUUGUAUUUUAGUUUUGUUUUAGAUGAUUUACCAGUGCCUGUUUUUUUUUUUUUUUUUUUUUUUUUUUUUUUUUUUUUUUUGAAGGACUCGAAAUGUGUUUUGGAUGUUUUUACUGGUCUGCUGCCUUUGACAUCAAAGCUCAGGGUAGUCACUAGUGAAGGGUUUGUGAGCGUUUAUGUCCAUGUGUUGCCUAGGUCCUUGUAGUUCACGUCAGGACGCACCUCUCGACACAUGAAAAAGCAUGAAAAGAAACGCUGUAGCUUCAUGCUUCGCACUAUAUGGUUCAGUGCAUUGGGGGAACGCUGAUGUGAGUCAUGUGAAAGAGUCUUCAAGUCUUUGUGGAGCUUGUGGGCAUUGAAAGUGAUACUGUAGUGAAUAUACAUUCCUUGCACACAGGUUACAUUUCCUCAGUCCAUUUCCUAGUAUUCCCCUCCUAAAUGUGUUACUGUUUGCAUUUGUAUGGAACUCAUGGUCAAUUUGGAGAGAGACAUUUAGAUGGUUACCUACUCAGUGAAGCCUGCACAAUUUUCUUUUUUAAUAUACUGAACAGUGUUUUAAAACUCAUCACCUCAUCAGUAUUUUUCUUAUCAUUUGGAUGGAUGUAGGUCAGAAUGGAUGUUAUAAUCCCAGAAAGAGACAUUUUUAGUUGUAUAGUCGUAUGUAUUAGUUAAUAAACAACCACCAAACUAAAAUAUCACAAGAAAUAAAAAAAAAAAAGUAUUGUACAUUUAACAAGUGCACAUAUUAGAGUAUUUUAGAAUAUUUUUGUAAACUUUUACAAGUAAAUGUGAAAAGUGAAGGCACUUUUGUCCUUGGGGAAAAAUCUGUUAACAUUUUGAAAUGCAAGCAAACAUUUGACACAUUUUUUUUAAUCAUAAAGGGAUCUGCUCUUACAGCAGUUUUUCUUUUCUUUGAGAUGGUGCAUUUAAGUGUUUUUUUUUUUUUUUUUUUUUUUUUUUAAUAUACGCAAAACCUCAGUUAUUGUUUCCAUGGAAAUGUUUUUUUUUUUUCCAACAAGCAUGGAAAUGGACUAACUCACAUCAAAAGAGAUUUCUUUGUAACCGAGGCUGAAGUAUUCAGAUUAUGGCCUGUUCUUGUCAAGGAAAUUUUGCCUUUCAUCAUUUUGAUCCUUUUCUUCUAUUAGUGUGUAGCAGGGUCUGAUCUGCAGCAUGCUAUAGAUGUUAGCAUGCCUGCCUUGCAGUCCUUCAUAAAUAUGCAUCACUCAAGAAUACUGUAGCAAACGAUAUUCACCGUUUUUUGCUCUGGUAAAAUAAUGGCCUUUUUGGAUAUUGUUAGGGAUAUAAUUGAAGGCACAGGGUAUUUAUUUCUUACUUAGGAAGAGUUAUUCGGUGAAAUUGCUUUAGACAGCUGAAGCACAAAUGUCAGUUUUGUUUAUAGUUCCUCCUCUAGUCGCGAUUUGAGCGUGGGCAUGUGCAAAAGAAGUAUUUAAGGGUUUAUUAUGAUUAUUUUUAUAGUAUUUUCUUCACCAAGAAAGUGUUUCUUGUACUUUCCAUCAUCAUGCCGCGUUUUGCACAUCUGAUCGCAUGUAUAAAACCAAUCUUAAAGGCAGUGAAAGAUUAGAGGAUGGAAGAAAGUGGAUUACAUGGUAUAUAUUGUUAGGAAUAGGAUUUAAUACUGUGGAGCACAAGUGUAGCAUGUUUGUUGUGGAAGUGAUGGGCCAAAGGGAAUGGGACGCCCCAGUUCAGACAGUUCUCUUGGGCCCAUUUGGUAGCAGUGCCUUUGGAGAAAAGUUUACACACACAAAAAAGUAUUUUUGUAAGUCUCUGACUUGCAGUUAAAACAAUCAAAUCUCCUACUCCUACUAAAAAAAAUGUAGUAGUGCUUAUAAUAGGUGUUGCGUCAUGGAAAAGAUCAGAUUUUUAGCCACAAUUCAGGCAGUGCUGUUGAGUUUUGUCACAUCAGUUCCAAUUUUUUUAUUUCAUAAACCACAAGUUCUGUUACAUGAGGAAAAAAAAGUUUUUAAAACACGUGUGUGCAGUUGCCUAUGCUGAUUUCUGUUUCAGAAUGAGAAUCUGUGUUUUGUAUACAGUUGGUGCCACAUUGUACAAAGAAAAGUGUUAUAUUGUUUAGUGAUUGUUUUCAUGCCAAUAUUAAUGAGAAAAUAUUUUUUUUUUUUAUUCUGAUGUACUUUUCAGUCAUAGGAAUUUCUUAGUUGCAUGAAAUAUUUUUCAGGAGAUCAUGCUGAGUGCAAAAGGGAAACAUUUGUUACAUUAAAUCAGGUCUUAGCCUAAAAAUGUUUUCUUGACAUUUGGUUUGGUUUGCUUUUUCCCUAUUGGCCAGUGUACAUAGCUCUUCUUUUAUUUAUUAUGAUAUUAUUUAAUGCUUCAAUUUCAAAAGAAAAAAACAAUAAAGGUCAGUGCAUGGUGAAAACACUGUAAA